AUGGGAGGACCCGGACCAGUCACGCACCCGGACCAGUCACGCACCGUGGUGGCAUGCCGACGGGGAGAUUCCGGCCUGUGGGAUCGUCCAUUGGACCAUAGAGUCUUGCAGUGUCUACUACGCGCGGGAUUCUAUGGUGUAUAUCGUAUAGGCCAUAUCAGACUGGACCACCCACUCAUUACUGCUCUCGUCGAGAGAUGGCGCACAGAGACUCAUACAUUUCAUUUCCCGACCGGUGAGGCCACCGUCACAUUGCAGGACGUAUCUGUCCUAUACGGUCUACGGAUUGAUGGGCGAGCAGUUACUGGACUUGACCCAUCAUUGACGACGGAGCAGUGGAUAGCGCUAUGUGCUGAGCUAUUGGGAGUAGCACCUACACCUGCAGACUUACAAGCAGUUACUGGACUUGACCUAUCAUUGACGAGGGAGCAGUGGAUAGCGCUAUGUGCUGAGCUAUUGGGAGUAGCACCUACACCUGCAGACUUACAGGCAGGUAGAGUGAGGGUGAGGUGGCUGUCGGAGCAUUUUCAGGGCGAUUUUCCAGAUGAUGCUGCAGAUGAGUUAGUACAGCAGCAUGCGCGAGCAUAUAUUCUGUGGCUUAUUGGGGGUGUACUUCUCCUUGAUAAGUCACAGAACCUGCUCAAGCUGAUGUAUUUGCCACUGUUGAGAGACAUUGACGUCAUCGGCCAGUACAGCUGGGGCGCCGCGGCUUUGGCAUGCUUGUAUAGGAUGUUAUGUCGAGCCACUCAGGUGGGUGUGACUCAGAUCGGAGGACCCCUUGUCUUGCUACAGAUUUGGGCGUGGGAGAGAUUGAUUCGCAUUGCCCCGUCUAGGCAACAACUAGUUGGUCCUGGUGAGGUUCCCAUCGGGCAGGGAGACAUGCAGAUGCCGGCCGGACCUCGAGGUAGCUGGUGGAGGGUUGACAUGAGCCACGAGGUCGUAUCGAUCCACGUAGUGGUUGUGUAUAGAGACCAGCUUGACCGGAUGAUAGACGGCGAGUUUAUCUGGCAGCCUUAUGCUGAUGUCCUCCACACGCUCCCAGACUACUGCCGCCUAGGUGAGGAUAUAUGGAUGGCGAGAGUACCACUCAUUUGUUAUGACGUGGUUGAGUGGCAUCUCCCUGAUCGUGUCCUCCGACAGUUUGGUCGGGUCCAGGCCGUGCCGGAUCGGUGUGACACCGAGUGGCGGUUGCAUGCGACGGAUAGACGUGGCCAAGCCAGCACUGACUGGAGUCUGCAUCAUAUGCGAUACAUACAGUUGUGGGAUGCCCGUCGCGACACUAUUGUACAAGCUGACUGGAGCGAUAGGGUCCUCCCCUCUCCCGACCCUUACAUGUUGUGGUAUCGGCGACAUACACACCUACUUGUCGGUAAUCCGAGCCACCUGUCCGAGGCCGAAUAUCAGGGAGUUGGGCCUUCUCUCGAGGCAUUGGUGGUUCGAGCUGGGAGGUCAUAUCACUUGGCUGAGGACGCCAUUUUCAGACGUGAUGGACAGCUUGGUCUGCAGGCCCUUGCAGAGAUCAGAGAGUUAUUGUACGAGGGGAUCCAGCAUGCCCAUCGGGUAGAUC